CCCAUCCACUUGGCCCGCCCCGCCGGCGGCAGGUGGCGGCGGGUCCCAGAGAGUGACGCGGCGCUGAAGGAGCUGGCGGCUGGGCAGGUAUAAGCAAUUGAAGACAAUACUUCUUGCUGUCCAGAGAUGGAAAACAACAUAACUACUAUCUCUCGUGAAGAGCUUGAAGAACUAAGAGAAGCAUUCAGUAAAAUAGAUAUUGACAACAGUGGGUAUGUCAGUGAUUAUGAGCUUCAAGACCUGUUUAAAGAAGCAAGUGUGCCCUUGCCUGGUUACAAAGUCCGUGAGAUUGUAGAAAAAAUCAUUGCAGUAACAGAUACCAACAAGGACGGGAGAAUUGACUUUGAAGAAUUUGUUUCUAUAAUUCAGGAAUUGAAAAGUAAAGACGUUAGCAAAUCUUUCCGAAAAUCAAUAAACAAAAAACAAGGUAUUACAGCCAUUGGAGGAACAUCAGCGAUAUCUAGUGAAGGGACACAACACUCCUAUUCAGAGGAAGAAAAGGUUGCUUUUGUUAAUUGGAUAAAUAAAGCUCUACAAGAUGACCCAGACUGUAAGCACCUCCUACCUAUGAACCCAUCAGAUGCCAGUCUUUUUAAAUCCCUUGCAGAUGGCAUCGUCCUUUGCAAAAUGAUCAACUUUUCACAACCAGAUACAAUUGAUGAAAGGGCUAUUAACAAGAAGAAACUCACUCCUUUCACUAUUUCUGAAAACCUAAACCUGGCUCUGAACUCAGCAUCUGCUAUUGGCUGUACGGUUGUCAAUAUUGGAUCACAAGAUUUGCAAGAAGGAAAACCACACUUGGUAUUAGGACUCUUGUGGCAGAUCAUUAAAGUUGGUCUUUUUGCUGAUAUUGAGAUCUCUAGAAACGAAGCUCUUAUCACCUUGUUAAAUGAAGGGGAAGAACUAGAUCAGUUAAUGAAGCUUUCCCCGGAAGAGCUGUUGCUACGCUGGGUGAACUACCAUCUGGCCAAUGCAGGGUGGCAGAAAAUAAAUAACUUCAGCCAAGACAUCAAGGAUUCAAGAGCAUACUACCAUCUGUUAGAUCAGAUUGCACCCAAAGGAGGUGACCUUGAUGAAUCGCCCAUUAAAAUUGACUUUUCAGGAUUUCAUGAUAAAAAUGACUUGAGGAGGGCUGAAUACAUGCUCCAACAGGCAGACAAAUUGGGCUGCAGACAGUUUGUAACUCCAGCUGAUGUGGUUGCAGGCAACCCUAAACUCAAUUUGGCUUUUGUUGCAAAUCUCUUUAACACAUAUCCAGCCCUACACAAGCCUGACAAUUCAUCUUACGAUCUCAAUUUAUUAGAAGGAGAAAGUAACGAAGAAAGGACUUUCAGAAACUGGAUGAAUUCACUGGGUGUAAACCCAUAUGUUAAUCAUUUAUACAGUGACCUCUCUGAUGCUUUAAUAAUCUUCCAAUUGUAUGAUAUGACUCGUGUGCUGGUUGACUGGAACCGCGUCAACAAACCUCCUUAUCCAUUACUUGGUGGUAACAUGAAAAAGAUUGAGAAUUGCAAUUAUGCAGUAGAACUCGGGAAGACAAAAGCCAAAUUCUCACUGGUUGGUAUUGCUGGACAUGAUCUAAAUGAGGGUAACCCAACUCUGACUUUAGCUUUGGUAUGGCAGCUGAUGAGAAGGUAUACUUUGAACGUACUGUCAGACCUUGGAGACGGGGAAAAAGUAAAUGAUGAAAUUAUUAUUAAGUGGGUGAAUCAGACACUUGCAAAAGCAAAUAAGAAAACUUCAAUUAUGAGUUUCAAGGACAAAUCAAUUAGCACUAGUUUACCUGUCCUAGAUUUAAUAGACGCUAUUGCACCAAAAGCAGUUCGUCCAGAAAUGGUCAAGAGAGAAGAUCUUUCUAAUGAAGACAAACUAAAUAAUGCUAAAUAUGCCAUUUCAGUUGCUCGAAAAAUCGGUGCUCGUAUCUAUGCUCUCCCAGAUGAUCUGGUUGAAGUGAAGCCAAAAAUGGUGAUGACGGUGUUUGCAUGUUUGAUGGGAAGAGGACUCAACAGAAUAAAAUAAUUAAGACAUGUAAUAUAACUUUCAGCCAUGUUGAGCACGAAGAAUGCCUCGCAGUUCAGCGUUCUGAAGCUUAGUAUAAAAUCAUAAAAUUUGUAUGCACAAAUAUCCUAAUUAAUGAAAUUUUAAUAAUGUGUUUAUAUUAGUUAAAACAUUAUUCCAUUUCAUAACAUAUUGAUUAUUUAUGGGUAUUACUGUUUUCAGAACAUGUUCAUUAUCAAAUUAACAUUACAGAUUUGUCUGGCUUAAACCCCCCCCACACCAUAUUAAUGAAGCUUCAUUUGUAUUAUUUUUCAUAGCAUUAUGAGAAUCUGCAUCAUUUUACGUAUGUCAUUUUAGGAUCCAUUCUGAAACUUUGUUUUCGUUAUUUUUAGUGGGUGUUACGUAUAUAUAUAUAUUGACACAAUUUUCAAGGGGCAUUCCAAUCCUAUUGUAUUGCUCCUAACUGCACAGAAGUUAUCAUUGCCUUAUUUUUUGAGAGCUUAACUCCUCUUGAAGCCAGUGAGAGUCCUGUCAUUGACUUGAGUGAGAGCAAGUGAAGGCCUCUGAUAAUGUCUAGAAACUAAUGACUGUUGAUAAAGCUGAUGAACCUGUUGUGUGGGAAUAAUCUUUGGAUGUAUGUAGCAGUUUAUUUCUGUUGCUGAGCAGGAAAUUAACAGUCUGUAAAUUACUAAGCAGGAAUGUAAUCAUGUUAUGAUUAGGUCUGCAGAUGUGUUAGCUUUUGCAGUUGGACUAAACAUUUGAUUAAUAUUUUUUUUUCAUUUUUCAUAAAAUACCGUAUAAGAAAACAAUAAACAGCUGGCUACUCCAGUUUGGGGUUUCACAUUAA